GUUCCAAACCUUAUUGAUCCGUUGAAUGCAGCAUCGGCAAGUGCAUUGAUUCAAUUUGGACUCCGUACAGCAGGAGCAAUCGCAUGGCUCAUCCUCGUCGUUUCUUCCUGUUCUUUCCGCAUCGCAACAUGGGCAUUGGCACCAGGCUGCCAAAAGGCAGCAUGUGCACUCAUACUGCAUUUUGAAUGACAAGUAUCACCUAUGGACAGCAAAGCAGUAAUUUACAAUACAGUAAUUUGACUUUGAAUAUGAAUGAUUUCUGUAUCAACUACGUUGAAGUUCUGCCUCUACCCACACCCGAGCAAGCGGCGGGAAACUCAUGCACCAAUCCUGAACGAGCGUGUUCUAUCCGCUACGCAUGUUUGUUUGUUGGUUCAAUUAAAUUUCGAUGUUUUGUAACAAAUUACAGUUUCUUAGAUGUGAAACAUUUAUUCUUGAAAAGAGAUUCGUUAUUAUAUUUUACUGCCUCUUUAAAAUGUCUCAUAACUGAAUGAAAUUAAAAGAUUGACGUUUCCGACAUCGCCCGGCCCGGCCUUUCAGACUAAGCAGCUAAAAGUAUUUUACUGCUUAGUUGUUAACAGCCGUAUGUUCUGGCAUGAGUAAGAAAGUUUACUUAACAUGUCAGUCUAUCUAUUUUUUACUUGAAUGUACAGCCAGUCGCCAGUGAGAUCACAUUGAAGCUUAGCUACCUAAUUCCGACACGGAUCCAUCGGACUACACGAGGAUUGCCUCCAACUACAACUACGACAACGCUCCACCAUCCACCCACCACCUUUCUUCUUCAUCCUCCUUCCUCAGCGAGCGGUUGCGUGUUCCUCAAGAAAGGUGAAGCCUGUAAUCAUGUUCAAUAAAAGUAAAGCUUCGACCAAGAGGCAUAGUGCCCCUUCUGCUGCCGUGAGUACCCUUAUAUUGUACUUCUACUUUACCUUUUCAAUAAAUUGACUCCGUAGGAGGUUAUCUUGAGCCGCCCACGUUACACAACCCACAACCGUAACCAGAGUUGGGUAGUUAUGUAUGCCGUAACUCUUGAGUGGGUGUCACUCUGUCAAAAAAUAUACAUUGUUUACUAAUCGGUAUGUCCCUGUGCGACCUGUAGUGCAAAAGACAGCAUUAGAACUCUGAAACUUAAGAUUGAGGGAGUGAGACGCCUCGGCUCAUUCAUUCUCAUUGGCAGUCCAAUGCAUGGCACGUGUUCCUUAAUUUAUUCCAUUCAUUCAGUUAUUCAUUUUGGAAGUCAAACUAUUGUCUUGCAGCUUUCAACUUCUUUGGAUGCUAGCUUAAUAUGUAGUUUUUUUGGCUCCUGUGAAGUUCUAUAUGUUGUUAAAGCUCCGUAAUCUUACAAGAGCUCUAUAGAUGCAACAAAUUAAUGCGGAAAGAGAGUAACUGCAAUGUAACAUGUCGGCACCUUAUAUCAUCCUGGUAAUGCUUUGCUUGUUUCAGGCGGGAAGUCAGGCGCAGCUUAUGAUGAUGCCGACGCCUCCAGGAGCGCCGGCAGUAUUCUAUCAGUGGGCUCCGCAGCCCUCUUCUUCUCAAGGGGGACCGAUGUAUGUCCAGCCAAAUUUCGUACCAGCACCGCCUACACCAGCACCCAAGCCAUGGGAAGAUUCAUCGGACGACUCUGAUAUGGAGCCUCCCAAAACAAAGAAGAAGUUGAAGUCUGAAGCAUCUUCACUUGGAAAGAAACGUGGUCGGCCCACGAAAAAAUCCUUAGAGGAUAAGAAGAGAGAAGAAUUUCUUGCGAGUCUCCCUCAACUACCAGAAGGAGAAGACCAAAUGCUUGGGUACAAGAAAAAGGGAGUCUGCAAGGCCUGCCAGUUGUAUAAGGGACUAGUGGCUCUUAAGCCUUGCGGCCAUGCGAAGAUUUGUAUUUCUUGUGUCCGGGACGUCAGGGAGAGUGCUGAGAAAAUGUUCAGGCAUUCUAAGUGCCCAGUAACUGGAUGCUUUGCCCAGAUUACUGAUUGGCUACCUUUAUUUAAUGUAAGUGCCUAGUUUCAUAUUAUUUUGUUCUCAAGCUUUCU